AGUUCACCUUCCGAAUAUUCGCAGAAAUUGGCCGAGUAUCCUGCUUCGGUCUCUUUCCAUUCGAUACCGACACCCUUGUGUCUGCCCAAGCUUCAGUAUCCAACAGGACUGCUCUCAUGUAUGGCACUUUACUGGGAUGAUCGGAGUUGAAGCUCAUCAUCGCAGUUGCUGCAACCGAAAAUUACUCUCUACAAACGCACUUAGAGGCCUUGAUAACGAUGGUACCAGAGAACCUGAGUGGACUUAUGGUGCCGGUAUCUCCAAGGAUGCUCCUAAGCCCAAGUGACAAACCAGCAGAUGGCCCGAAUGCCGGUAUGGGACCUCUGUCUCUGCUCAGUGGAUAUUCCCAUUAUUUCCCCGAACCGGGAGUCUUCCGGCACAGACCGAUCACCCCCUACUCCAUGUUAAUAACCUUGAUUAACCCAUGUUUUAACUCAGGGUUGGUGGGGCAUGGGCUUGUUUGAGGUAGGGUCCGUCAGGCGUGUUUCAUGUUCGAUACAGUCUGCAGCGAUGCAGCGGGGUAUCAGUAUGGAAAACCUAACGAUUGGAGAAAGAAAGGAAAGAAGAAGAAAAGAAAAAUCAUCUCAGGAAAACUUCUUCCCCGAAGAAGCGUUUUUCCAUUUUAUUCUAUGAUAUUCCUUUGAUCAGGGACAACUUGUUUUUCGCUUCCCAGAUCUUAAUCUACCCCUCCCUCCUCUUCCUUUAUGGUUGUCUCCCAUGUCGUUGCUGUUACAGCACAGUAUCGUUCUGCAGUUUUCUCCCAUUCAGUGUCAAAGCCCCUCGCACCGUUGCCGUGCGUCGUCGUCCUCUCCCCCCUACCGGCUUGCACCCUCCCUAUUGCAAUUCUCCCCCCCUCUCUCUCCCUCUCUCUGCUUAACCCAACCAGGCUAUCGCCUUGAAUCAUAGUUGCCCAAAUACCACCGUGAAUUCUACACCGUGAAUUCUUCUGGGCUCUCUUGCUCCUCCUGCACAGUACUGCUUACCGCAAAGAAACCUUACACUUCUCCUGCCGCUAGCUCUUGGGAGAAGAAACCAUACCUUGAAAAAUUAAUACCAUGAGUGCGGCGAGUGGAAAUGCCGUUCCCCUUACGCCUCAAUUUCUUUUUGAGGCUUUACAAGCUGCGAGUUCACAGUCCCAAGAACUGGUAAAGCAUGCAUCUGCCCAGCUCAAAGAUUGGGAGACACGCCCUGGCUAUUGGAGCCUACUUCAGGACGCUUUCUUCGACCGAUCGUUACCAGUGGAGAUUCGAUGGCUUGCUAUCAUUACCUUGAAGCAGGGGGUAGACAAGUACUGGCGGAAAACUGCAAACAAGCAUGUUCACUAUUUUUCACCCUACGAAAAGGCCUAUUUGCGCUCUCGCCUGCUCACUAGCUCGAUUGACGAACCUCACCACCAACUAGCUCUUCAGAAUGCCGUUAUCGUUGCGAAGGUGGCUCGUUUAGAGUAUCCGUUCGACUGGCCCGAAGUUUUCACUGAGCUCACCUCUAUCGUCCGCGAUGCGUCGCAGUCUACAUCUGAGACCGGUGAGGAUGAGGUGGCUACACUACGCUUGAAGAGAUCUCUGUCUAUAAUGCUCCAUGUGGUCAAAGAGCUAGCAACGGGACGGUUAGUUCGCACAAAGGCCAACUUACAAUCCGUAACCCCCGAAGUCUUCAAAGCGCUCGGGAAUGUCUAUGUUCGUCAUGUUGAAGUUUGGCAUGCUCUCCUUGACCAACAACCAGCACCUACCAAGCUAGUUGAUUCGAUGACGGUCUCGUUACUGACUCUGAAAGUCCUCCGGAGACUGAUUGUUGCCGGUUAUGAGUUUCCCAACAGAGUAGCGGAGGUCCGGGAGCUUUGGUCUAUCCUCUCCGGCCAGGUAUGGGCUAUAUUCGAAGCUGAGAAACAGAUAUCACCCAGCGAAGAGGCAGUCUCAACGCUUUUAAAAAAGCACGUGAUUAACAUAGGAAAAUUAUUUUUGGAGGUUGGGUCAAGCCAUGCAGCAGCUUUUGCAUUAUUACCUGAUACGCUUCGAUUGCUUGGGAAAUACUGGGAGGUCGUAGUUGCUCACGGAAAUUCGCUGAUGCAGCAGAGUAGUCAGCGGGUCAACGGGGAAUCAAAUGGGAAAUCCGAAGCUGAGCAAAAAGCUGAGGAAGGACGCACGAAGUUUAGACAGAGAGUGGCGCUUCAAGGGAUGCUUUUAUUCAGAAAUUGUCUCCGGACAAUAUUUAGCCCAGUAGCUACCUUUAAAUACAGGCACAAGGCCGAGAAGGAUGAGACCAAGGAGGCGACUGCUAUCUUCAAAACUCAAUUGUUCACCCCGGAAACUGUCACCCACUGCAUGGAGGUACUAGUGACAAAAUAUUUUGUGAUACGCCCCUCGGAUCUAACCGAGUGGGAGGAAGACCCGGAGGGUUGGAGCGAGCAGUGGGAGAAUGCCGUGGAGAGUUGGGAGUUUCUCAUAAGGCCUUGUGCCGAGAAGCUGUUUAUGGAUCUGGUUCUCAACUUUAAAGAGACUCUUGGGGAGCCAUUGAUGAGAGUAUUUAGCUCGGUCUCGUCUGAUGAGAAGAGUGACGUUCUCAUAAAGGAUGCCAUAUAUACAGCCGUGGGCCUUGCUGCGCCAGUGCUUCACACAGCUCUUAACUUUGAUCAAUUUAUGCAUAAUACCCUCGUGAAGGAAAUCCAGAUCCGGCAGCCAGGAUACAACAUUCUGCGCCGCCGGAUCGCCAUCCUGAUCGGGCAGUGGGUUAGUGUUAAGAUCUCCUCUGACUCCCGGCCCACAGUUUAUCAAAUUACACAACAUCUCCUUAAUCGCGAAGAUCCUUUGAAUGACUUGGUGGUACGGCUUUCGGCUGCUCGAAACCUCAAGCGGAGCGUAGACGAGUGGGAGUUUCGGGUCGAGUCGUUUCUUCCAUAUGUGGACGAUUUGUUUGCGAAGCUCAUGAGUUUGAUAGAUGAGGUAGAACAGACAGAAGUAAGAAUGGGACUGUUAGACGUCAUUGGGGUUGUCGUAGAGAGGCUGGAGCACAGAAUAGCUCCCUAUGCGGAGAGUAUCAUUACCAUAUUGCCACCGCUGUGGGAACAGACUGGGGAUGAGCAUCUGUUUAAACAGGCGAUCCUAACCAUUCUCACGAAGCUUGUCUCAGCAAUGAAGGAUAAGAGCUUACAAUAUCAUCAUAUGGUGAUCCCGCUUAUUCGGUUCUCGGUGGAGCCAGGCUCAGGUAUGCAAGUAUAUCUCUUGGAAGAUGCCCUUGAUUUAUGGGAAGCAGCCAUCAGAGCUACGCCUGCGCCUGCGCCACAGGGGCUGCUAGAUCUUGUCUCUUACCUUUUGCCCUGUGUAGAUCUUGGAACCCUAACCCUCAGGAAAGUGCUUGACAUAAUUGAGAGCUAUGUCAUUCUAGCACCCCGCGAAAUGAUUGAAGUGCAUCGUGCGGGGAUGUUUGACGCUUUCGCUUCUUUGCAGGGCACAUUAAAGCCAGAAGCGAACGGCAUUGUCACGAACGUUGUUGAGAUUUUAAUCAGGGCUGCUGAGGCACUGGGUGGAGAGCAAGCGCUGGGAGUAGUUGGAAAUGAGUUGAUUCGGAGCGGCUUCUUACCAACCCUCCUUGAGGGCAUCGAGAAGAGCCAUGAAGCGCAUCAGACUACCGGUCCCAAUAAGCGGUACGCGCCAUUGGAUACUAUCGUAAUGACGGACUACUUCUCGGUAUUAUCCAGGAUGGUGUUAGCAAGCACUACGAUGUUUGCAGAGAACGUGAGAGUUUGUGCAGAGAGGAAGGGUCGCACAGGAGAAUCUGACAUGGAAUGGAUUCUAGAGGAGUGGUUUAGACACUUCGGAAACAUUGGACAUCCAAAGCAGAGAAAACUUGGCUGCAUUGCUCUGACAAAGCUCCUCGAGACCAACCAGCGGUGGAUUCUGAAGAGGCUGCAAGAUCUCAUGACCGUUUGGACUGACGUUGUCACCGAACUUCAGGAAAACCAGGGAGCCGAUGCACUGAUCUACUGGGGGGCUGGACAAGAGGGCGCAUCCGAAGACCCUGAAACCGCUGAGAGAAGGCGCAGAAAGGAGCUUCUCAUGUCGGAUCCGGCCCAGUCGAUAGACAUUGCAGCAUUGGUCAAGCAUCAUCUAACUAAAGCGCAGAACGAGAAUGGUGGGCCAGAGUCUUUCAGGAAUGACUGGGCGGUAAAUGUGGACGAGCACGUACUCGCAGAUUUCAGAAAAUUGGGGAUUUUUUAGUCCAUUCGUCCGUCCACACAAUACCGUGUACUGUACAUAGUGUAAUUGCUGUGCGGGGUCUCUUUUGCACCGUACGACCUAGUAGGCAAGGUGGGGAUUAUCAUUACUAUCAAACUUUUAUCAUUUUUCCCAUCUUUUUUCCUAAAGAGCUGAGGAUUAUUUGGGGGAGGUUUUUUUCUUGCCUUGCUCGGUGGUUUAAUGGUGAAGCAAUUUUUUUCCUCCUUCUACCAUAUCAUACUUUUAUGUUUUUAUGUUUUUAUUUUUAUUUCGAUCUGUUUUCAUACCAUUGCUGUUGUUGGGGCGCAGUAUGUAUGUUUCGAAGGAGGUUGAUUGGGAAUGCAAGGCCAAGAGGGGGAGGGCACCCGCUACUGCCGAUGAUUUUUUUUCUUUCUCGCUUUCCCGCUUUAUAUUACCGGUAUGUUGUGUAGGUAUGCAGGUAUGGAGGUAUGAAGACAUGGAGGUGCUGCAUGGAGGUGCUGCAUGGAGGUGCCGGUAUGGACAGCAGUUGCUAAAGGGAUUGCAUACGAUGCGAUAUGAUGGCUGGUAGAAAAAAGUGCAGAUAGGCUGUCAUGCAGUAACUUACAACUUACUCGAGUGGGCGAUUGUAGUGCUGACAGAAGGUGGCCCACCCGUAGUAUAUACUCGAGUAGCGAAUGUUUCCUCGAACACACACUUCUCUUUUCCUG